AUGAAGGGGAUGCUACAGACAGUCAAACGAAAGCUUAGUACCAACGGAGAGCACAUGCCUAUUGGCAUAAACUCUCCGGAUCGUAUGGAAGUCGAUGGAGGAGGUACAAAAAGUACAAAUAACGGUGGAAACUCGCCAACAGGCGACGUUGCACGGUCGGACGUUUCUUUACCAAAACGUGAACGUCGUCGCUCCUUUAUGGCGAGGAAUCAAAAGAUUCAAGCAUUAAAGGACUUGCCACAUUUAAAAGACACGUCGUUGCAACGACGAGAAGCACUUUUUCAACAAAAACUCGAACUUUGUUCGGUUAUUUUCAAUUUUGACGACCCAACGUCGGAUAAACGAGGAAAAGAUUUGAAACGGCAGACACUUUUGGAACUGGUAGAUUAUGUUAAUAAUCCUGGUGGUCAAAAGAUCUUUACGGAAUCACUCAUGCCGGAUAUUAUGGCCAUGGUGUCCGUGAAUAUCUGUCGUGCACUACCUCCACAGACUGAAGACUUUGAUCCUGAAGAAGAUGAACCGGUGCUUGAAGUUUCAUGGCCACAUCUUCAAGUGGUGUAUGAAUUUUUCUUGCGCUUUAUCGUGUCGGGUGAAGUCAAUGCAAAGGUUGCAAAAAAGUACGUCGAUCAGAAGUUUUGUCUUUCGAUCAUUGACUUGUUCGAUAGUGAAGACCCGCGUGAACGGGAUUACCUCAAGACCAUUCUCCAUCGUAUCUACGGCAAAUUUAUGUCGCAUCGAUCAUUCAUUCGCAAAGCCAUCAGCAAUGUCUUUUACCGAUUUGUGUACGAGACAGAGCGACACAAUGGCGUGGGUGAGCUUUUAGAGAUUCUUGGCAGUAUCAUUAAUGGUUUUGCCAUGCCUCUGAAGGCGGAACACUUGCAGUUUUUGGUACGCGCACUCGUGCCGCUGCAUAAACCAAAGUGUGUAUCAAUGUACCACCAGCAGCUUUCCUAUUGCAUCACGCAGUAUGUAGAAAAGGAUCCUGAUACGGCAGUGCCAAUCAUUCAGGGCAUUGUCAAGUUUUGGCCGUGGUCGUGCUCAUCGAAACAAGUGAUCUUCCUGAACGAGCUGGAGGAGAUUCUGGAGCUUAUGGGCAGCGAACAGCUGCAGCAGGUGCAUAAGCCACUUUUCAACGGUUUGGCCAAGUGGCUCGGCAGCCAACACUUUCAAGUGUCGGAGAGGUCGCUGUUUCUAUGGAAUAAUGAACACCUUGUCAACAACGGUUGCUUGAGUAAGCAGCACGCGCAUUUGAUUCUGCCAGUCAUUUACGGCCCUCUUCAUAGAAACUCGCUGGGACACUGGAAUACUACAGUUGAAGGACUCGCUCAGAACGUAUUGAAGCUCUACAUGGACUAUGACAUGGCUCUAUAUGACCAGUGCGCAAAGGAAUACUCACUGAAAGAACAAGCCAUGGCUGAUAUCAAAGGCAAAGAGCAGGAGAAAUGGCGAGAAAUAGAGUCGAUGGCAGCAGCGAAGGCUCCAUCGUCAACGGCCUAG